UCGAAAGUCCCUUGCUCGGUGCUCUCACUUGUGCCCGGAAUACCGCAAGAACAGUCGUUCCAAGUACUUUGUGGCGACACCGACGAGUACAGGAUGCCAGCAUUCAUGCAGUGCAGCGUUUGGGGCUGUGUAAAUCAUGGAAAAAAAGUUAAACCACCAGGCAUUCACUUACAUAGAUUUCCACGGAGCGAGCCAACAAGAAGCAAGUGGCUUGAGUUGCUGAACUGGCACGGUUUUCCUCCAAGUUCCAAAGCACGUGUAUGCAGUCUUCAUUUCGUUGCAGGUGAUUAUGAGCAUAACCCGAUCGCGCUGAACUCCGUCGGUGUGGUGUCAGUCGGUCUCAGCCGUCUCAAGUUGGGCGCUUUGCCGUCACUCAACCUGCCGGGCACAAGUCAGCUAAGCCAGCGGCCAGGAAUUGACGCUUACCCCGAGUACAGUGUGGAGCCGAAUUCCCACGAGGUUCACGAAUUUGGGAUCGAUGUGGCGCAAGGUGAAACGGUUGGCAGCUCCUCGCACGACGCCUCUGAGAAUCCGUUAUAUGAAAGUAUUGGACAAACGGUACUGAAACAGGACAUGAGAUCUCCAACAUUUGCGAUGCAAGACAUGGAAGUGCAGAGCCAGCACAUGCUCUCUACCAGCGCAGCCGAAAAGGAACAGCAGGACAUGUAUCAUCCUACAGUGUGUGUGAACGUGGCAACACACUGGUGUCCUGUGAUGAAAAGUAAACACGUGCAGACGUGUACACCAAGAAAGCAAUCAAAGGGCACGCAAGCAGACUAUCAAGCCAAAUCGAUGUGCUCUAUUGGUUUACAAGUACAACUCAUGGACUUACAAAACUAUGACUGCUGCGAGUAGUCUGUAAUCCGUGGCUCUUCAACUGCGGACCUUGGGGAAGGUUUGGACAUCAAUUCUGUGGAUGUCACAGCAUCUGAAGGCUCUACAUUCAAAGACUUCCCUGAGGACAUCGUGUACGUCCCACCCAGUGGAAGCUCUAUCUGGGAUGCCAAUCCCAACUAAGGCCCGCAAGCAGACUAUCGAGCCAAAUCGAUGUGCUCUGUUGGUGUACAAGUAGAGCUCAUGGACUCACAAAACCAUCACUGCUGCCAGUAGUCUGUAAUCCAUUGCUCUUCACCAGCUGCAGACCUUGGGGAACGUUUGGACAUUGAUUCUCUGGAUGUCACAGCAUAUGAAGGCUCUGCAUUUGAAGACUUGCCUGAGGACAUCAUGCACAUUCCAACCAGUUGAACUUCUAUCAGGGAUGCCAAUCCCAACUAAGGCCCGCAAGCAAACUAUCGAGCCAAAUCGAUGUGCUCUGUUGGUGUACAAGUAGAGCUCAUGGACUCACAAAACCAUCACUGCUGCCAGUAGUCUGUAAUCCAUUGCUCUUCACCAGCUGCAGACCUUGGGGAACGUUUGGACAUUGAUUCUCUGGAUGUCACAGCAUAUGAAGGCUCUGCAUUUGAAGACUUGCCUGAGGACAUCAUGCACAUUCCAACCAGUUGAACUUCUAUCAGGGAUGCCAAUCCCAACUAAGGCCCGCAAGCAGACUAUCGAGCCAAAUCGAUGUGCUCUGUUGGUGUACAAGUAGAGCUCAUGGACUCACAAAACCAUCACUGCUGCCAGUAGUCUGUAAUCCAUUGCUCUUCACCAGCUGCAGACCUUGGGGAACGUUUGGACAUUGAUUCUCUGGAUGUCACAGCAUAUGAAGGCUCUGCAUUUGAAGACUUGCCUGAGGACAUCAUGCACAUUCCAACCAGUUGAACUUGUAUCAGGGAUGCCAAUCCCAACUAAGGCCCGCAAGCAGACUAUCGAGCCAAAUCGAUGUGCUCUGUUGGUGUACAAGUAGAGCUCAUGGACUCACAAAACCAUCACUGCUGCCAGUAGUCUGUAAUCCAUUGCUCUUCACCAGCUGCAGACCUUGGGGAACGUUUGGACAUUGAUUCUCUGGAUGUCACAGCAUAUGAAGGCUCUGCAUUUGAAGACUUGCCUGAGGACAUCAUGCACAUUCCAACCAGUUGAACUUCUAUCAGGGAUGCCAAUCCCAACUAAGGCCCGCAAGCAGACUAUCGAGCCAAAUCGAUGUGCUCUGUUGGUGUACAAGUAGAGCUCAUGGACUCACAAAACCAUCACUGCUGCCAGUAGUCUGUAAUCCAUUGCUCUUCACCAGCUGCAGACCUUGGGGAACGUUUGGACAUUGAUUCUCUGGAUGUCACAGCAUAUGAAGGCUCUGCAUUUGAAGACUUGCCUGAGGACAUCAUGCACAUUCCAACCAGUUGAACUUGUAUCAGGGAUGCCAAUCCCAACUAAGGCCCGCAAGCAGACUAUCGAGCCAAAUCGAUGUGCUCUGUUGGUGUACAAGUAGAGCUCAUGGACUCACAAAACCAUCACUGCUGCCAGUAGUCUGUAAUCCAUUGCUCUUCACCAGCUGCAGACCUUGGGGAACGUUUGGACAUUGAUUCUCUGGAUGUCACAGCAUAUGAAGGCUCUGCAUUUGAAGACUUGCCUGAGGACAUCAUGCACAUUCCAACCAGUUGAACUUCUAUCAGGGAUGCCAAUCCACACUAAGGCCUGUGUUGAGUAAGAAGAACUAGCCUCCGUUCAGGUUGAGAAGCAGACAUCGAAUGCUUCGUUUAUUGCUCACCACGUGCUCGGUUCAUCCCCCGUCUUCCUCCUGCUCUAAUCAACCAAUCUUCAACAUCCUCCCGCGGCACUGGUUGCGUCUGCCUCUAAAGGGUACAGUCGCUGUAACGGGCGUCGGACCCGCUGUCCGCUCGGAAGGAGGACACAGAAGGAGGACCAGGUCCCGACGCUGCAGAUGUCGGCGAUGAGGACUAUUGGGCUGCAUCUGAACUGCAACAGAAGUACAGCAACUCUGCCCAGAGGUGCACUUCUUUGUCCAGCACGUCGCUCAGCGAAGAACUCCCCAGCUCAUGGGAAGACAAAUCGUAUACGACAUGAACUUUCGUGGUGACGGCUUCUCGACGUGCGGCUGCGUGAUGUGGAAGACAGUAUACCAUCUUCCAAUCGUUGUUCGCUGGCACUUUCUCUGCAUGGCCUUCUUUCGGGUACUCCCUGAUGACGCUGUCGUACUCCAGAAGUACUUCGUGUUGGGUCAGGAAACGUUGUAGCCGACGCUUUAGCCGCAUUUCAGCAACUGUCCGAUUCGUGCUUGGCAAGUGGCCUUGCGACUUUAGCAUGAUGGGCACGACAUAAUGCCCUUUGUCCUUGUAGUCAGCAUCACGGAACUGUACCACCGCCGUUGGCUCGUCGAUGGGCUGUUCCCCAGGGUCUGAAAAGCCAAUUGCGUGGAGCCUCCACCUUUCUGAAGGUUCUUCAGCCGGGUGUGGGAGGUCUCUGGAGAAGACGGGCACCUGCAACUUCGGAAGGGCAGCCCGCAUCGUCGAGUGUCAUGGGACCCUCCCAGGCGGAGGAUUAUCAUGAACAGUCCGAGCGGUAGGAGCCGCGACACACUCGUAACACAUUCGGUGCAAUCCCCUGGCGGGCCUUGAGGCGAAACGGUGGCGGCGGCUUGCACCAGAGUGGCGUCGGAACAGGAGCGCGUGCGAAGUCGAAUCCUGCUGAUGCAGCUGAGAAUCCUUUCGUGGUAAUCCAAGGCGGUACUGACCUCCUCUUCGUAACUGUUGUCGUUGAUGAGGUCCGCAAUCUUUUCGUUUAAGCCCGCAAGCAUCGCAUCUUUGUCCAAAAGGUAAUCGAGGGCCACCUGCAACUCUUUGGUAGACAGUAUCUCCUGUUUCAAAAGGUCGGUUACAGACGACAGCCAUCGAGUCGUUGCGCCGCGGACUACAGACCGAUUCUUACGUAGCUUGUCCAUCCCAGUUGCCGAGGCCAGUUUUACUCCUGGGUUUCGGCACCAAAAUUAUGUUGAGUAAGAAGAACUAGCCUCCGUUCAGGUUGAGAAGCAGACAUCGAAUGCCUCGUUUAUUGCUCAGCGCGAGCUCGCUUCGUCCCCGUCUUCCUCCUCCUCUAAUCAACCAAUCUUCAACAGCCCGCAAGCAGACUAUCAAGCUAAAUCGAUGUUCUCUGUUGGUGUACAUGUACAGCUCACGGACCCACAAAACCAUCACAGCUGUUAGUAGUCCGUAAUCUAUUGUUCUCACCAACCGCAGACCUUGGGGAACAUUUGGACAUUGAGUCUCUGGAUGUCACAGCAUCUGAAGGCUCUACAUUCAAAGACUUGCCUGAGGACAUCACGCACAUUCCAACCAGUGGAACUUCUUAUCAGGGAUGCCAAUCCCAACUAAGGCCCACAAGCAGACUAUCAAGCCAAAUCGAUGUGCUCUAUUGGUGUACAUGUACAGCUCAUGGACUCCCAAAACCAUCACUGCUGCAAAGUCUGCAAUGUGUUGCUCUUCACCAACUGCAGACCCUGGGAAUCUUUGGACAUUGAUUAUCUGGAUAUCAGCAUUUGAAGGCUCUACAUUCGAAGACUUGCCUGAGGACAUCACGCACAUUCCAACCAGUGGAACUUCUAUCAGGGAUGCCAAUCCCGACUAAGGCCCACAAGCAGACUGUCAAGCCAAAUCGAUGUGCUCUAUUGGUGUACAUGUACAGCUCAUGGACUCACAAAAGCAUCACUGCUGCGAAGUCUGCAAUGUGUUGCUCUUCACCAACUGCAGACCCUGGGAAUCUUUGGACAUUGACUAUCUGGAUAUCAGCAUCUGAAGGCUCUACAUUCGAAGACUUGCCUGAGGACAUCACGCACAUUCCGACCAGUGGAACUUCUAUCAGGGAUUCACCGUCCUGCGGAUGUCACCCCCGUCCAUGCAUGAUGCUCUUAGGAUAUCCCUGGGAUGACAGUGUGUUGUUGGGGGUACGGCCGUCUCGGAACCGUUUGCACCACUCAAAGGCUUUGCUGCGGCUAAUGUAUCGUGGCCAUAAUGAACCUGGAGUCUUCUGUGAAUUUCAGAUGACUUUACGCCCUCAUUCACGAGAAACUUCAUGACAAUUUGCUGUUCGAUGUGCACGCUCACCUCGUUGUCGGCCAUCUUGUCCAGCACGUGUCUUCUGUUUUGCACAAAGUUUGGACCAUCACGUGGAGAACGCGGAGGCCUGUCGCGUGUGAAAAUUACAAAAGCGCGAGCCAUUUGUACACUCAGGAGACAGAAGGUGCAUUCUUUUCGCUUGCACCUCCUGCACCAGAUCUGAACUGGGUUAUUUGCGUACUGCACUUUCCUGUUGAAAAGAAAGGCAUUACUAAUGAAGUUCCUUUCACCUGGAAAGUGCAGCUCCCGAAAACCCGUCUUGCGUGGAGUCCAAGGUAGUGUAGUCCAGUGCAAGUGAAAAGAAUGCGCUUAGAAAGUACCGGUCCAUAUAUGUAUGGAUUUUCGGUGCUCCAGCGACAUAUGUUACAGCGUUCUCCACUGUACAUGUGCCAUAUGCAUUUUUUGUUUCCGUAAAAGAAAAAAAUAUGCAAGGUUGA